AUGGACGUGGACGGCGCCAAUGUCGGCGUCGGCACGGCCGGUCGUGGGGCCCAAGAGCGUGCAGCUGGCUUUUUUUCUAUCACGGAGCCUGGUAUCGACACGCCAUCCCAGAAAAAGUCGCGCAUGCCGUUUAUGCCCACGCCGCGCAAACGCCCCGUGCGACCCGUCGUGCCGGUGUCCAGUCCUGCAUGGACGAAGCGCCCAGAAGACUUCCAUAUGAAGCCUUUGUCCGACAGCACUAUGACGAAUGUUGCUGGUCGCAUGAGCCCACAAAAGGCGCCUGUCCACACGCCAGCAGCAGGGCCACGCGUUGUCCGUGCGGCCGUGAUACCGGAUGGCCCGCCUACGACAGUGACGCCAGCAAAAGUGCCUGGCAUGCGUCCGACGCGCCCUGCAACAUCUUUGUCACUAUCUAGGCCUGUCCCGCCCCGACCUGCUACAUCUCUCGCCGCAUCACGCACAGAGGGGACGGUGCCCCAAGAGCGACCUGCUUCGCCUGCCCUUUCGCCUGUGCCACCGAUUCGUUCUGUCGUGCAUCCAUCUCACGCAAUGUCACCUGCGCGAAAGGUGCGCGCCAAGGUCACAGAGGGCAUCAUACCCAACAGAAACCGAAAUCACGAGGCACAAGUGACACCCAAGCCGAAAAUAGAGAGACGUGCUGGCUCUCCUAUGCGGCGCAUACCUCGUCCACCGUUGCCUGAUUCUCGUAUGGAUAUAUUGGCUUUGCAGCAGCAAGUGAGUGACAGCUCCUUUGUGUUGGAACAAGAUGAUACCCAGACGAUAGACGCAGUCCAAGUGCAUGUGCGCCUACGUCCCACCCAUCCGAACGAAGAGUGCGCUUGGGUAACGCCACCGGGAUCUGCCUCAUUGAUGCUAGAUCCGGCCAUUUCGGAGACGAAAAUGCAGCCGAAUCUGGGCAUGCCGUUUUACUUCGAUCAUGUGCACACAGGCAGCUCGAAUGCGAACGUCUAUGCGACAUUAGCUCGGCCCCUGGUGCAUUCGGCGCUGCAUGGCUACAAUGCGCUUAUCUUCGCAUACGGGCAAACAGCCAGUGGUAAAACGUUUACAUUGAGUGGUGACGACGAUGGUCGCGAGCCUGGCAUGAUUCCCCGCGCCGUCAACGAUCUUUUCCAGGGCAUUUGUCAGGGAUCCGCGCAACGAGAGUAUCUGAUUCGUGUGAGUUAUCUCGAAAUAUGGAACGAAAUUGUCAGAGAUCUGCUGGAACCUACGAAUCAGCCCCAUGUACGUGAUGACCGACGACGGGGAGCGAAUGCCGUGCUUGUGGCGCCGCUCCAUGAGGAAGUCGUCACGUCGCCUGCGGGUGUGUUCAAGCUGCUCGCGCGCGGCGAAGCGAAUCGACACAUGGGUGCCACCGACUGGAACGAGCGCUCAUCGCGCAGUCAUACUUGCUUCAAAAUCACGAUUGAAUCGUGGGAUCGUGAGCCGAGUACGAUGCGACCGUACCGAGUCAGCGAGCUGUCGCUCAUUGAUCUCGCUGGAUCUGAGCGGCAUUCCACACAUACAUCACAGCGCCGCACGGAGGGCGGCAACAUCAACAAGAGCCUGCUGAGCUUGGGCAAGGUGAUUUUCGCUCUAUCGGAAAAAAACGUGGGGCAUGUGCCGUACCGCGAUUCCAAACUCACGCGCAUUCUACAAAACAGCCUGAGUGGUCGCGCACGCAUUGCUGUGGUAUGCACACUGAAUCCAUCGCCAGUGAUGGUCGAAGAGAGCCUCGGCACGCUCAACUUUGCGCGUCGUAUCAAACACGUACGUGUACGUGCAUCGAUCAACGAGUUUGAGGGCGACAUGUCGGCCCUAGACGAGUCGCACGCGCUAUUGGCUCGGUACCGCGAGGAAAUGGGCACACUCCGCGCCCAAGUUGCUAGGCUGGAGGCACACAAGAGUCGCGAGUCGCAGCCACUGACUGUCGAGGCGCUGCAGUCGCGUCUCGAUGAGCUGGGCGCUUUGAUCCUGCCAGGCGGACAGGCUCCGCCCGAGUCCGAGGUAUCGCAUCCCAUCUCACCAACUAAGCAGCGCGGCUUUACCUUUGAUGAUCCUCUUCCUGUUGUGCAAGAGAAACUGCAUGCUGCUCUGCAAAAAAUCCAGCGACUCGAAAGGCAGCUGGCCGCUCGUUUAUCCCUGCCUAUGAGCGCAUCCAACGAGAAGGAUGAGCGCAUCCAGUACUUGCUCCAGCGUAUUCAAGAGCUCGAGACGGUCUGUGAGGCGCAGACAGUCGAUGCGCCGCAAGCUAUCCGCGAAGACGUCGAGCUGGAAUGGUUAGAGCGUGUUGAGGCCGCCGAGGCAGCAACACGUAAGCGCGAAGCGUUCCUUGCUGAAAUCAGCGCCGAAUGCACACGACUUCGGCGCGCUAACGAGGCUCUCGUACGUCUUGCGCAUGCACAGACGUCGUCGAUGGUCACGCAACUCGCCGAGCGCCAAGACGCGCCCCGCGCCCCGCCCGUGCUUUCCAUUUUUGCGCCGCGUCUCCGGCCAGCGACUGUGCUUGGGACGCAACGUACGCAGACUGCACCGGAGAUCAGCAUUGAUGAUGAUGAGUCCAGUGGUCGUCUGUCGUCCAGCGAUAUAGACGACCUGCUCCUCGAUGCCGAGUAG